AUGGCAGCAGCUGCAAGAACUCAGGUGGCACCAUCAAAUGCCACAUUCAAAAACAAGGAAAAGCCACAAGAAGUGCGCAAAGCAAAUAUUUUAGCAGCAAGAGCCGUGUCAGAUGCUAUAAGAACAUCGCUUGGUCCUAAAGGUAUGGACAAGAUGAUCAGAACAAAGAACGGAGAGAUUAUUAUUUCCAACGAUGGAGCUACAAUUUUGAAGCACAUGGCUGUUUUGCAUCCAGCAGCUAAAAUGUUGGUUGAUGUCAGCCAUGCUCAAGAUGUUGAGGCAGGAGAUGGUACAACUUCGGUUGCCAUUUUAACUGGUGCUCUUCUUGGGGCCGCCGAAAGAUUAUUGAACAAAGGUAUCCACCCUACAUUAAUUGCCGAGUCCUUCCAAAGAGCUGCACAACGUAGUGUUGAAAUCCUUUUGGAGAUGUCUCACCAGAUCAAACUUGAAGAUAGGGAGCAAAUGAUUAGAGCUGCAACAACAUCACUUAGUUCGAAAAUUGUGUCACAACACUCACAGUUGUUGGCACCAUUGGCAGUGGACUCGGUUUUGAAAGUAAUGAAUGAAAGUAAGGAUAAUGUCGACUUGAACGAUAUCAGGUUAAUCAAAAAACUUGGUGGUACUAUCGAUGAUAUUCAAUUGGUAGAUGGUGUAGUUUUGACACAAAGCGUUGUUAAAAAUGCAGGUGGCCCAACAAGGAUGGAAAAGGCAAAGAUUGGUUUGAUUCAAUUCCAGCUAUCACCACCAAAACCAGAUAUGGAAAAUAAUGUCGUUGUGAAUGACUAUAGACAAAUGGACAAGAUUUUGAAGGAAGAAAGAGCUUACUUGUUGAACAUUUGUAAGAAGAUCAAAAAGGCCAAAUGUAAUGUGUUGCUCAUACAAAAGUCUAUUUUGCGAGAUGCUGUAAAUGAACUCGCUUUGCACUUUUUGUCUAAACUCAAUAUUAUGGUUAUCAAAGACAUUGAGAGAGAUGAAGUAGAGUUCUUAUCCAAGGCUAUUGGAUGUAAACCAAUUGCUGAUGUUGAGAAUUUCACAGAGGAUAGGUUGGGUUCAGCCAAUUUGGUUGAAGAAAUUGAAAGUUCUGGUUCCAAAAUUGUCGAGAUUUCAGGUAUUACAUCAAAGACUACAAAGCCAACAGUAUCGAUUGUUAUUAGAGGUGCAAAUAACCUUAUUCUUGAUGAAACUGAAAGAUCCUUGCACGACGCCCUCUGUGUCAUCAGAUGUCUUGUGAAAGAAAAAGCAUUGAUUGCCGGCGGUGGCGCACCAGAAAUUGAAGUUUCUAGACAGCUCAUGAAAGAGUCGCACCUGUUGUUUGGCGUUGAACAAUUCGUAUACCAGGAGUUUGCCCAAGCCCUUGAGGUGAUUCCUACAACAUUGGCUGAAAAUGCCGGAUUGAACCCAAUCAAUGUUGUUACUGACUUGAGGAAUAGACAUGAGAACGGAGAAAAAAAUGCAGGUAUUUCAGUGAGAAGAGCAGGUGCUUCCAACACUUUUGACGAGCAUGUGUUGCAACCAGUAUUGGUAUGUACAAGUGCAAUUGUGCUAGCCUCAGAGUGUGUCAAGUCAAUACUCAGAAUUGAUGAUAUACAAUUUAGUCGUUAA